GUCGACCAUUAUAUUCAUAGAAUAACCGUUCCUUCGCCUCCUGACCCCAACCAGCUUGCUCCAUGGACACACUACUAGAAAACGAUCUAUUCGCAUCCACAUCCCACCCACACACCUCGAACCAACCGCCUGACGUCAUCGCCCAAAUCCGCCUAGCAGCCUCAACGCCCUCCGCGCUCACCCAGCUACUCGAGGACGAGCUCUUCCUCCGGAGCCUCUCCAGGUCACACGACGACCUCAAAGGCAAAGCCAGAGCCAGAGCCAGCGCCGACACCUCCCCAUCAGACAAUGGCUCCAAGCACCACACCCGCACCCGCACCGUGCGCCCCUCGCGCUCCAUCAUGGGCCUCGUCCUCGCCGAAGAAGAAAAACAAGCACACCACCUCAAGACCAUGCUCCGCACCACCGUCGACCGCCUCGAAGCCUCCGCCCGCCUCACAACGCAAGCCUCCUCCCGCGCCGAGCUCGCCGAGCGCCGCGCGCGCGAUAUGACCGGCAAGCUCCGGGCCGCAGAAGACGCGCGGCGCGCGGCGGAGCUCGACGCCACGCGCGCACGCGAGGAGACGCGCCGGGCGCAGAUGCAGAUCGAGAGCCUCGAGCGCGAGGUGAAGAGGCUGAAGGGCGACGUGGGCGCGCUGGAGAGGCAGAGGAGGGAGGCGGACGAGGACGCGGCGCGGUCGCGCGAGACGGCGAGGGGGUUUCAGAGGGAGUAUAUGGAUCAUCUUGCGCGCGAGGAGGGGCGCGAGGCGGUGAGGCUGAUGGGCCUGCGCAGGAUUCUGAAGCGGAGGCAGGACGAGGAGUGGGAGGAAGGCGCCGAGGGCGAGGGGGAUCAGUUUGGCCGGUUUGAGGAGGGGCGGGCGUACGGGUUCGAGGAAGGCCGAGAUCAUGGUGUUGACGAGGGACGCGGGAUCGGGUUCAUCGAGGGACGGAGGAAGGGGAGGAAGAUGGGGUUCAAGGAGGGGCUCGAGCGGGGAAGGAAGGAGGGGACGGACCAUGCGGCGGAUGCGUUUGACCGGUUCGUUGCGACCGAGAUGGAUGGGUUGCAGUGGUCAAAGGCGCGCCGCAAACAAGACUGGCCAGACAUAGAACACCCGUCGCCUGUCCACCCUCGUCCUCCAUGGCUCGGUCGCCACGUCGGCGAAUCACCACCCAAACGUGAAGACGAUCAUCGCUGAUUGGGUGCGUCAAACCAUUGCGCCUGCAACCUGUGUCGAAGUGGGCUUGGGAUGAAACGCAAUCAAUCCACCGCCGAGGCGAUGCUCCGGCUGAAAAGAUGAAGAUGGACUAGCGUCCAG